AAACUUAAACAGUUAAAUUUCGAUUCGAUGGACGAGCAAGACUAAACAAAUCCAUUUUCCAAAUCUGAACCCAUCUGACUUGUCGUCUUUUCAAUCAUUUAUCGCCGGCGAAGCAUUAUCUCUUUCUUUGCUCUUUUGUUUUUGUCUCCUUUCUCAGGCAAUGGUCAGAGGCUCGAAGCUUUAAAUUAAGAACGAGAAAAUGGGGGAUGCUUCAAAUCCGGAUUCCGUCGCUAUGGAUUCGGUGACUGCUUCUUCACAAGAACAAGAGGAAGCUCUGCUUCUCUCAAUUGAUCAAUCUCAUGAGACCCCACUUCAAAGUCCUAGAAAUCACGCAAACGAUGUUCAUAUACUCAGCUUUGCUUUCCUGCUCAUCUUUCUCGCUUAUGGGGCUGCUCAAAACCUUGAAAGCACUGUGAAUAAUGAGGAAGAUUUGGGUACGACUUCAAUGGGGAUAUUGUAUCUUUCGUUCACCAUUUUCUCAUUGGUGGCUUCUCCAGUGGUUCAGAAACUUGGUUCCAAGAAUUCUCUUGUUCUUGGAACUACUGGUUAUUGGCUCUUCAUUGCUGCAAAUUUGAUACCUUCCUGGUAUACUAUGGUACCAGCUUCUGUUUACCUUGGAUUUUCUGCAUCUAUAAUAUGGGUUGGGCAGGGAACAUAUCUCACCGCCUCUGCAAGAAGUCAUGCUAGGCAAUGUUCUUUGCAUGAAGGCACUGUAAUUGGCAAAUUCAAUGGAGAGUUCUGGGGCAUGUUUGCAAGUACCCAGGUCAUUGGCAAUUUGAUCUCACUUGCACUGUUGAGAAAUGGAAAGGAAGGAACAGAUUUCACGGGCAAAACUUUGUUGUUUGUUGUUUUCCUUGGAAGCAUGACUUUAGGGACCAUUUUGAUGUGCUUCUUAGGCAAAAAAGACACCACUGGAGGGAGUUCUAUAAAAUAUACUUCUUUUGGAGAUCUUAUGAAAUUAAUUGUUUCCCCUAUGAUUGACAAAAGAAUGCUUUUGCUUAUCCCUCUUCUUGCAUAUUCAGGCUUGCAACAAGCAUUUGUUUGGGAUGAAUUUACGAAAGAUGUGGUGACCCCAGCACUUGGUAUAUCGGGUGUCGGAGGUUCAAUGGCAAUAUAUGGUGCUUGUGAUGCAAUAUGCUCGUUGGUUGUGGGGCGUUUCACAUUUGGAUUGAACUCCAUCAGCCUGAUUGUUUCUGGCGGGGCUUUCCUUCAGAUCCUUGUGCUUUUGUGGCUUUUACUAAGAUACAGCUUAACAGAAGUACUUGGAGUGGUGUAUCCUCUAUUAAUGGCCGCCAUAUGGGGGGUAGGCAAUGGGGUCUUCAACACCCAACUGAAUGCAACACUUGGAAUGCUUUUCAGAGAGAACACGGAAGCAGCUUUUGCACAAUUAAAAGUAUGGCAGAGUGGCGCCACUGCAGUGAUAUUCUUUUUGAGUCCAUUUGUCACAUUUCAUGCUAUUUCAGUCCUAAUGAUCGUUGCUCUCUGUAUUUCUGUAGCAAGUUUCUUAUUCCUCUCUGUAAAGGUAGAAAAAGCUUUUGCUUAUGCUCUAUGACAAUAAGUAAAAAAACCUUGAUUCUGCAUCCAGA